AACCUUGGUGAGGAGGACGACCUGGAUGAGGACGACCUGGAUGAGGACGGCCUGGAUGAGGACGGCCUGGAUGAGACGGGUGACAUGGGUGAAAAGAGAGCGUCUAUGGUGCUCUAUGUCCCUCUCAGACUCUUCGUCGUGCAAGGUCGACAUGAGAGUGUCAGGAGAGAGGACCACCAUCUUGUCCGGCGUCUCGUUCAUGUGCUUGAUGAGGAGGACAAUCUUCGUUCAAGCAACAGGCACCUUCAGCCAGCCCUCUGCCCGCAGUCUCAACUCACUGCUGACGCCAAGCAACGCCUUGCUUCCUUCCAUACUUCACGACUUGAUUCAGCCGAGCUGGCCCACACGGCACUAGUCCCGAUCGCGAGGGCCAGCGGACUGCAGAUUCAGCAAUUCCACGUGGCAAGCUUGCUUCUGGCCUAUAUAACGUUGUCCCUCUCGCCGCAUGCCGAUGGUGCGGAAGACGACAUACUUCCCUUGAUGACUUCACCAGUCAAAGAUGCUCCAAAGUCGGAGUGUUGCAUCUGUGGCACGCCAAUUGAUUCAGGCGCAGAGGGCGAAACUUGGCGUGGUCAUGCGCAGAUAUGCACCUCACACGAGGGCCAUACAGCCCACAUCAGCUGUCAGAGAGCGCUGCCCGCAAAAGCUUGUCUACGUGUCUUACACUACCUCCAAGAGCCCUCAGAUCUUCUUUCACUAGCGCUGGUGUCUCGAGCAUUCUAUUCAUACGUCAACUACUGUUGUGAAGAGUGGGCUUCUCGGAAACAUAAUCUGCUGAGAAAUUCCCACGUCAAGCCCGGGGUUUGGUACAAGGUAUGGGAACAGGUCGCACCCCGAGCUCGCCAGUCGUUCGAGGAUAGCUCGGAGCAUUUGGUCGCGGACUCACCAACGGAGGCAGAGACUGAGAUCGCGGUGCCGUGCGAGGCUUCGACUUUUCCUACUGGAUUGAUACGGUCAAUUGUCUUGGGAAGUCUUCAAUCAGCAGAGGGCUUGAUAAGUAACAUCGAGCAGCCGCGAAGGCGACCACGAAGGCGCGGGCGCCAGCUGCGACCGUCUCGCACGUCCUAGUAGAACAAGAAUGAGCUCUUGAUGAGGUUUUAAACCCUCCAUCGUGGAAGUGUGAUGUUCGAGUGCCAGGAAGGAGC